AUGCCCAAGUUAGAGCAGUUUGAGAUCAAGAAGUAUUGGCAAAUCUUUACGGGAUUGGUGCCUAAAGAUAAUAAGGUGACACAUGAUCAGGUUUUGCCAAUUCUCCACAAUUCCAAGCUAGACAGCUCCAUUUUGAAUAAGAUAUGGUUUCUUGCGGACAUUGAUGAUGACGAUAACUUGGACUUUGAGGAGUUUGUGAUUUGUAUGCGAUUGAUUUUUGACAUGGUUAACCACAAUACGGAUUCCGUUCCUGACCGGCUACCUGAUUGGUUGAUUCCUGGGUCGAAGGCGGACCUAGUGAAAAAACGGGAGUCAGCAAAUGAACGAAGAUCUGGGUCCUAUGAGAGGUCUGAUGCCGGCAACAGCUCACCCCCAGAGCUGGAAUGGUAUAUUUCGCCGUCGGAUAAAGUACGGUACGAGAGUCUUUAUGAACAAUGCCGUUCUUCAUUGGACGGCGGGGUUACAUUCUCUUCAUUGUCAUCUGUGGCUAAUUCUCAGUUUCAUAAUGUUAGUUCCCGUGAUAUUGAGCAAGUGUGGAAGCUAGUAAAUCCAAAGAACUUUUCAACUAUAGACAAAGAUCCUGUGCUCUACGUGCUACAUAUACUAAAACAGCGGAACGAUAUAGGAGUUAAGAUACCAACUAUUGUUCCAACUAGUCUCAAUAAUGUUUUUUCCAAAGAGCGUCAAUCCACUGAUUACCGUAGUGAAGGCCAAAGUCAAAAGUCAGACAGUUCUCAGCGCAACUCGGGGUCGGAAAGAACUGAGGGCAAUAAAGAAAGUAACGAUUCCGCAACUAAGGGCACUGACUGGGAGGUCUUGAGUCUUCAAAAAGAGCUUGCUAAUUUGGAAAAAGAGCUUGCUGAAGCAGUUGCGAAGACGUCAUCCAUUAAGCAAUCAUCAUCCAAAUUCAAGUUAAUACAAUCACAAUUUGAGGAGCUUUUGAAGUUUAAACAGCAUCAAAUUUCCAAAGCUUCCGACGCUCCAUCCGCACUUAACUUAAUUGGUUUAAACGAUGACAUCGAUAGUCUUGAAUCGCAGGUUUCGGUUUUGGAGCAGUACAGUGCCAAUAGAAGGUCGGAAUUGCAACAGUUACGUCAAGAAAUUCACAACUUUAGGUAA